AUGGCUGACCAACUGUCCGAGGAAAGACCUUGGAAUGUCAGGAGAGACACUGAUCCCUUUCCAGAGUUCAAGGAGGCGUUCUCCUUGUUCGAUAAAGAUGGAGAUGGAACGAUAACUACGACGGAGUUGGGCACUGUUAUGCGCUCAUUGGGUCAGAAUCCAACAGAGGGGGAGCUCCAGGACAUGAUCAAUGAAGUCGACGCGGACGGAAACGGGACGAUCGACUUUCCUGAGUUCUUGACGAUGAUGGCGAGAAAGAUGAAGGAUACAGACAGUGAAGAAGAGAUCAAGGAGGCGUUCAAAGUGUUUGAUAAGGAUGGAAACGGCUACAUCAGUGCCGCAGAGCUGAGACACGUUAUGACGAACCUUGGGGAGAAGCUAACUGACAGUGAGGUCGAUGAGAUGAUUCGUGAAGCUGAUAUCGAUGGUGAUGGCCAGAUUAACUACGAUGAAUUUGUCAAGAUGAUGUUAUCGAAGUGA